AUGAACGCCCCCUUGCACAAGAAGCCAAUCAACCUCCUCCGAGGCUGGCCCUCGCCAUCCCUCCUCCCGGCCGCAGCCCUCUCCGCCGCGGCCGUGAAGACCCUCGCCGACCCCACCGCCUACAUCCCGGGGCUCCAGUAUGGCCCGGACCCGGGAUACCAGCCUCUCCGCGAGUCCAUCGCCCGCUGGCUGGCGGCAUUUUACCCCGCUGUCGACCCCGCACCUCCGUCGGCCGCGGAUGAUGCCACCAACACGACGACCACCACCGUCGGUGCCGGUCACCACCCACCCGAUGUUCGGCGCAUUUGCAUCACGGGCGGCGCGAGCCAGAAUUUGGCCUGUAUUUUGCAAUCUUUCACUGAUCCGCUCUACACGAAGAAUGUCUGGAUGGUGGCGCCGUGCUACUUUCUCGCCUGCCCCAUCUUUGCUGACGCUGGGUUCGACGGGCGUCUGAAGGCUGUUCCCGAGGAUGAUGAUGGUAUUGAUAUCGAGUACUUGAGAAAGGGGCUCGAGGCGGCAGGAGAAGGCGGUGAUGAGCACUUCAAAGAAGCCAAAAAGAGAAAACUCUACCGCCACAUAAUCUACCUGGUCCCAACCUGCUCCAACCCAACAGGCAAAACAAUGUCCCUCCAACGCCGCCACGACCUCGUCCUCCUCGCCCGCAAACAUGACGCCCUCCUUGUCUCCGACGACGUCUACGACUUCCUCCAAUGGCCCCUCGCCACCCCUCCUCAGCCAGGCUACACGCCCGAAAUGCGCAUCCCCCGCCUCGUAGACAUUGACCGCAGCCUAGGCGUCCCCGACGCCUCCUUCGGCAACGCAGUCUCCAACGGCUCCUUUAGCAAGAUCGUCGCGCCCGGCGUGCGCACGGGGUGGGCGGAGGGUAGUCCCGCGUUUGCGUACGGAUUAUCGCAGACGGGAUCGACCUGUAGCGGUGGCGCGCCGAGCCAGUUGGCUGCCAUGAUGGUCGCGGAGCUGCUCGAGAGCGGGGAGCUGCAGAGGCAGCUUGAUCAGGAGACACGUCCUGCGCUCGCGAGACGGCAUGGGGCUAUGAUGCGUGCGAUUGCGGAGUAUAUCCAGACGCCGCUGGGCAAGGGUGUCGUUGUGCGCGGGUCGGCGUUGAAGGGGGCCGAGGUGUUUGGCGGGUACUUUGUGUGGUUUAGUUUGCCUGAGGGUAUGUCGAGUCGGGAGGUUGCUGUGCGGGCUAAGGAGACGGAGAACCUUGUGAUUGGGCAUGGUGCGCAGUUUGAGGUGCAUGGAGACGAGGAUGCUGCGAGGUUCGAUCGGGAGAUUCGGUUGUGUUUCUCGUGGGAGCCGGAGGAGGUUGUUGUGGAGGGUGUUAAGAGAUUGGGAGCGGUGUUGAAGGCUAUGAAGGAUGGUGUUGCGUGGAAGUCCUCGAGCACGCUGGAUGUAGAUAACGUCAAAUAA